AUGGACAAACACUUCUUGUUGGUCUUCUCCCUCUUCUGCUGCAUUGCGGUAGUGACACCGCUGAAGUGCAUAACGUGCCACCUUCACAUGGGAUCCGAUCGUUGUAGAAGAGGCUUUGGUGUUUGUCUUGCUCAGAAGAGUGAGACAUGCAUGCUCUUAAAUAUCUACAAGAAAUAUGAGCUCCAGUUAUCAUAUAUGGUGUGUCAGAAAUUCUGCAGAGACUUGAUGUUUAAUCACAACAAUCUGACUUACAUUCAUCACUGCUGCAAGUCUGAUUAUUGUAACAUGAAUCACUAA